AAGAGCGCACGAAUAUAACCAGGCACACAGUGAAGGCGAAAGAAACGUUUGAAACUGACAAGCACAAAGGAGUACCACCCGAGAAGCAAGAUGAUCGUGAACGCAAGAAUCCUGUGUCUCAGCGCCGUCAUGGUCUGCAUGGCGGUGCAAGUUAUGGCCGUUCCUUUGGGCGUGGCAUCACCUGGCUUGGCUCUUCCGAAGUGCCCAGAGGCGACUAACUACGGCUUUUUGAUCUUCGCACGACUAAGGAACCCAUGCAAGUACUUAUGCCAAGGAUAUCCCAUACGCUUCGAGGCCGAAGACAAUGGAACACCAUGCACAACUAAAAAGGUAUUCAACGGCGAAUGCCUAAAUGGCAAGUGCAUCGCCGUGCUGCCGCCACCACCACCACCACCUGCCCCUGAGCCCGCACCAGCUCCCGCACCUGUGCCUGAGCCUGCACCCGCCCCGGCUCCUGAGCCUGCACCUGCUCCUGAGCCUGCACCCGCCCCAGCUCCCGAACCAGCACCUGCCCCAGCUCCCGAACCUGCACCUGCUCCAGCACCCGCACCAGCCCCCGCACCAGAACCUGCUCCUGCUUCUGCCCCAGCACCGGCUCCAGCCCCAGCACCAGCCCCCGCCCCCGAGCCUGCACCAGAAGAACCUGCACCAGCACCAGCUGCGGAAGAAACUGCGGCAGCUGAAGAGCCUGCACCUGCCGAAGAGCAGCCCGCUGCCGAGCCAGCUGCCCCCGCAGAGGAAGCCGCGGAAGAAACCGAGGAAGCCGCACCUGAACAAGCACCGGAGCAGCCCGCUGAAGAAGCUCCCGCUGAGGAGGCCACCGCUGAAGAGCCUGCAGCUGAAGAGCCAGCCGCCGAACAGCCCGCUGCUGUAGAGCCAGCCGCUGAGGAGCCCGCUGUAGAGGAGGCUGCCGCCGAAGAGGCUGCUGAGGAGACGGAUCGGGAGGUUGUUGAGGACGCCGCUGAAGAAGCCGCCGAAGCAGCUGCAGAAGAAGCUGCUGAAGAACCCGCCGAAGCAGCUGUAGAAGAAGCUGCUGAAGAACCCGCAGAAGCAGCUGUAGAAGAAGCUGCUGAAGAACCCGCAGAAGCAGCUGUAGAACAAGACUCAGAAGCACCAGCUGAAGAAACCGCAGAGGUGGAACAGCCCGCGGAGGCUGCUGAGCCGGUGGAGGAGGCUGCUCCCGAGGCAUCUGCCGAUGACGCCACAGCAGAAGGAAGCGAAGGUGGAGCCGCCGACAGUGAAGAUGCGGCGUGAACAAUACAUGUAGUUUAGACAAUUAAAAUAAUAAAUUUGGAUAGGACACAGGGCCUAAAAAUGUUCAGAAAGCAAUUUUCCCUGCUCCAUUGUUCGACGGCACCAUAAAAUAUUUAGGACGAGAAAGAAAUUAUUCCUUAGUUGAAUGUUUACAGAAGCACAUUACGAAACAUACAUGAAAAGUCAUUUCUAAUCCGCGUAGUAACUACGUAAAAUCCCUUUGUAUAACUUCCAACUUUCUGCUAGUCUAGUCACCCCAAUUGCUUCAUGUGUAUUUAUGCCCACUUUCUGCAAUGUGCGCCUUUUAAACCUGCAAACGCAGGCCUGAAGACAAUUAAGCAGCAUGUCAAUAAACAGUCGCAAUUCUACGCCUUUA